AUGCCACCCGAGACUGCGUGGGACAGGAGCACUGUCGCCCCCAGCAGGCUUGCAGCUUGGUGGCCCCGAACAAACUGGCCUAGAAGGAGCCAAGCAGUGCACCAAGGAAUCAAGGCCGUCUGCCCACCCCUCUCCACCUUUUACCUCUUCUUUGUGAUCUUCGUGUUGUCUACCAUCUUCCACUGCUACCAGCGCCUGGAUCUGCUGCCUGCCCCCUGGGCCUCGCCAGCCCGUGUGAUCUUAAACCCAAGACACCUGCCCCAGGAGGGCAUGUUCACCAUCAAUGUCAGAGGUCGGCUGGGGAACCAGAUGGGCGAAUAUGCCACGCUGUUUGCACUGGCCAGGAUGAACGGGCGGCUUGCCUUCAUCCCCGCGUCCAUGCACAGCACUCUAGCGCCCAUCUUCAGGAUCAGCCUCCCGGUGCUGCACAGCGACACAGCCAGAAGGAUCCCGUGGAAGAAUUACCACCUCAACGACUGGAUGGAGGAACGUUACCGCCACAUCCCGGGUCACUAUGUGCGCUUCACGGGGUACCCAUGCUCCUGGACCUUCUACCACCAUCUGCGCCCAGAGAUCCUGAAGGAGUUCACCCUACACGACCACGUGCGUGAGGAGGCCCAGGCCUUCCUGCGUGGUCUGCGGGUGAACGGGAGCCAGCCGAGUACCUUUGUAGGUGUCCAUGUGCGCCGAGGGGACUAUGUGCGUGUCAUGCCCAAGGUGUGGAAGGGCGUGGUGGCUGACCGGGGUUACCUGGAAAAGGCCCUGGACAGGUUCCGGGCACGCUACUCGUCUCCAGUCUUCGUGGUCACCAGUGAUGACAUGGCCUGGUGCCGGAAGAACAUCAUUGCCUCCCGAGGGGACGUGGCAUUUGCUGGCAAUGGCCUUCAAGGAUCACCUGCCAAGGACAUUGCAUUGCUCUUGCAGUGCAACCACACCGUCAUCACCUUGGGUACCUUUGGGAUCUGGGCUGCCUACCUAACGGGUGGGGAUACUGUUUACCUGGCUAACUUUACCCAGCCCGGCUCCCCCUUCCACACAGUUUUCAAACCAGAAGCAGCUUACCUGCCUGAGUGGGUAGGCAUCACUGCUGACCUGGGACAGCUAAACACAGGAACCACAAGCCAUGCCUCAGCUAGGGCCCCCAAGAGCCACCGGGGGGGCCUUGCUGUAGUAGCGCGCAUGCUCAGGAUCCCACCUGGCUUUCCAGCCCUGUCUUACCUGUGGUCACUCAGCCGGUGA